AUGGAUCUGGAACAACUGCAUAGUUUAUACAAACCAUCAGUAGAAUCACGAGUUUUUACUGUUUAUCGUGGAUUGAAUAUGUCCUUGACAGAUUUCGAGCAAAAAAUACGUGGCGAAAAAGAGAAGUUAAUUGCUUUUGAUAGUUUUCUCUCGACUAGUUUAGACGAAAAUAUAGUCAAACAAUUUGCUUUGGAUAAACGAGAUCCCAAAAAGGAAUCUGUCGUUUUCUCUAUUGAAAUCGAUGCUGAUCGAAUGGAACGCCCAUACGCUGAUAUAUCUCGUUGGAGUGACUUUAAAAAUGAACGUGGAGUUCUUUUCUCAAUCGGAACCGUUUUUCGAAUCGAUGAUGUAGCAGAUCAAAAAAUAAGUGAUGGUAUUUGGAUGGUUCGCUUAAGUACUGUCAGUGAGAAAGAUAAACAAUUACAAAAGGAAAUCCAGCAAAUACGAUUGACUCUAUUAAAAUUUUUCGAAAAUGUACUUCAUGCUCAACGUGACGUCAAAGAUGAUCGAAAAAUUCCUGCUAGCAAUGCUAAUGUAGCAAGUAUGUAUUAUAAACAAGACGAAUACGAGGGUAGCUUACUAUUCUAUGAAAAAGCCUUGACGACUUUAAACAAGUUAGAAUCAUCCGAUCCAUUAACAAAGGCAACAUAUAUCAGUAAUGUUGCUAAAGCACAUCUGGCAUUGAAGCACUAUGAUAAAGCUCUAGAGUUUUAUAAAGAACCUUUGGAUAUUCGUCGUCACAAAUGUGAACCCAAUGACCCAUCAUUAAUUCAUACAUUACAUACAAUCGGUCAUAUUUAUCGUGGAAAAGAAAAUUGA